GAUAGUUAUGUAGAUCAUUUAAUCCUCCUUUAGGAGUUAAGUAUAAUAUAGACAGGCGCUAGAAAGGUUACUGUGGUGUUAAAUCUCUUCCAAGGACUUAUAUGUCAUUUGGAAUGCUUUGUCCCGCUGUACUUGUCAUCUACCUCAUUAUAGUGCUCAGUUCAUAAAGGUUAGAUGGUGCUAGGAAGACAUUUAGUCCAGCUAAGAGGUGUCAUAUCACUAGCGUACUACGUUCUCCCUAAUUACUCUCACCUAACACCCAAACAAAUAUUAUCCGCCAUAGGUAACUUGAAUAGCGCAUAGAGCUUAUAAGAUGUUCAUAUUUUCUUAUAGGCUAUAUAUUUAUGUAUAUGAUAUCGUUCGUAGCACAGAACAACACCUACAGUCUGCUACCAAAUAACCUUGUACUAAAUGUCAGUUGCGUAGUUCCUUGUGGCAUCUUACAGUAUGUACAACCUAACCAUUGAUUUUUUUUGUCCAUGUGGAUAAAAUUCAUAUUUCAACCAAAGACAAAUAAUAAGUUACAAAACGAAGGCUUCAAGAUUAAAUAAAAAACAAUAAACGAAAUAAAACUAAAGGUUCAAAAGUUAAACAAAAGAAAAUAAACAUCACAAGAAACAGAGACUGAAAACCAUAUAGCAAGCGAAGUUAUCCCGCAGAGCGUCCGGACAAGAGGAUUAGUAUGUGUGGCGGAAGCUUCUCCCAGCACCUCUGAGUGGAGCGUCGCCUUACACGAUCCAACCCUACAAGAUGAACGGGAUCUCCUCUACAUCGACCCUGAUACUAUUCUUAGCAGCGUCGGCAUGGGUGAGAGGGCAAGUUCCGGUCUCAGCAUCUCAUCCGCCCACGGUCCAGCCCAUUAAUGGGAAUCCUUCGCCUUUCGUCUUUUCCAGCUUCCCUACGUUUCCACCUGGGGUCGGAAAUGCCCCCCCAGGACACUCCGUCCCCUUCUUUGGAAACUUCCAGGCUAAUGGAAAUCCCUUUCUAGUUGAUUUUGCUAAUCAAAACCAACAACCACCUUUACCGCCUAGUACAAUGAACCAAUCUCCUCUGCCAGGUGGGAUUAGAUUCCCCGAGUCUCCAGAUAUACCCAGUCCUUCUCUGGUGUCUCCCGGAGCUUCGUCCUUUGCCCCUGAUGGAGAUGAACUUCAAGAAAAAAAAGGCGACGUUUCUGAGGCGGUUGACCAUCCUGCUGGCACAGAUGAUGGCAUCAGCAGAGGCGACAUCAGCCCUGGUAGUCGUAGCUCUUCCGCAGUACCUUUAGCGGGAAUAGUCCCUCAAAUUCCGGCACCCCUUGAGAAUCCAAGCCUUUAUCAGACAGACGCAGAGCAUUCUGAAGUAGUAGCCGCGACAGAAGCUCCUCUUCCCUCGUCUUCUACAACAACAAUACAUACACCAGCUACCUCAGCAAGUAUAUCAGUGGCGUCAACAACAACAGAGCCAAACACCACACCAGUAACUUCCACAACUACAACAAAUUCUGCUAUUACACCACAACCAUUAACUACCAAUCCUAUAAUAUCAACAACCACAACAACAGAGUCAACAACAGCAACAACAACGAUUACAACUGAAGCAACAACUACAACUGAAGCAGCUGCUACAGCAACGACGACAAGUAUAUCUACUACUACGACGGCUUCUCCUACCACAAUUAGAAAUACUAUAAACUUAUCAGAUAUACUGCAGGGCAAUGAAGCAGCUAUCCCAGCAGGCAUCCGGAAAAGUGGUGCGCCACAGUUUACUUCAAGACGCCCAGCAGCUUCACCAGGUUUACGUGGAACUUUGGCUUCUCGUCUCAAAAAUUUCAAAACGCGAGGUAACCAAGCAAGGAGAAAUCGGGAAAGCCAGCAACCUGAUGAUAAAGACCCGCCUCAAAACCGGCAACCAUUGACCUUGGCGGAGAGACUUGAAGCCCGCAAGACCACAGGUAGCCGUGAUUCUUUACACCGGAGUGAACCCGAGCGUAGGACCUUUAUUGCCAGGGAUGAUAAACAGGAAAGUGACGACCAAUUCAGUCAUCCUCAGAGAGUUGGCAACCAGGACAUUCCGGUAACACUACCUGCGUCUGAAAGCAUUUCCCUGACACACGUCAGUCAGAUUAGUAGCCAGGCUGGAGAUAACGGCAUUAGACAGACGGACAGCGUGCAGGGGAACUUUAUUCCCGAAGGUCACCCGCAGGACCAGAUUAGCAAUUUUGAUCAAAAUACAGAUCAAACAGAUUAUGUGCCCGUCCAGGACAACUUCGAUCAGAAAAGCGCACAGCCGACCAGACUUGCAGCUUCUUUAGUCUCGACUAAAGCUCCAGAAUCGUCCAAUUCGUUUUCCUCGGACGUGGCCUCACUUUCACCAAGAACAAACCUGAAAAGACAGACAAGACCUAGGCCUCUCUCUCCGACCCAGUUACUCACAGAGCGCCUUCGGAAACUGAGGGAGAGACGUUUAAAAUCCACGUCAGCUGGUUCCCGUCGUCCCUCCGUCAAAGGUGGGUCUCCUCCCAGCCAAGAAUCUGUAGGCCUAAAAAAUUCCAGGCGACAGUCAAUCACUAGGAAUUUUAAUCCUCGCAAUAGACUUGAACAAAGGAGGAGGAGCGAUGACUUCAAGCAGAGACCUGUGACUCGUACCCUCACAACCAUCACUCCCAGUAUACGCAACACGAGGGCUCCCCUGCAUGGUCGUACCGAAUCUGGGGUAGACCCCAUAGUAUCGUCCACCACUAAAGCAUCAUCAAGAAUCAUUCAUAGAUGGACCACCCAGAGGCCUCUCACUUUUAGAGAGAGACUCAAUGAGUUUAGAAGCAGAAAUAGGUUCAUACCUAAAAAUAGACGAACAACAACCCCUCGGCCCGUCACCACCACCAGCCCGACGACAACCACCACCACGACCACCACCACGGAGAGAGUUUUAACCACGACACAAGAGUCUGACUUCAACUUUGUCUCAGAGAAUUUCUUUGUCAUGCCCUCCUCAACCACGGAGUCAACCACGUUGUCCAGAGUACAACAGAUCCGGGAGAGGAUCGCUGCCAUGCUUAGCUUGAGAGGCCUCGCUGGUACCACAACGACCGAGGAAGUUAUAUCGAUUCUAGAAGAAGUAACAUCCAGACCGCUGUUUACAGAGACAACCGAUUCGUCAAUACAGUCGCCAACACAUUUUGGCGUCACUUCAAACCCAGUUAUUUCAAUCCAUGCUGUUGACGGAGACGAUGGCUCGACAAAAAUACCCCUUGACGACCUCUUGUCAACAAUCAUACAGUCAAUGAGCACCUCAGAGUUUCCACCAACUACUGUCUCCUACAGUUCACUUGAUAAUAACACCAGCCCUAUCACACUAGACGACCAAGAGACAGUGUCAUACUCCGUCGCUACCACACAAUUAAGUACGUCUUUAGAACCUGUAUCAGUCUUGUCUAUAUCCACAACAGUUUCUUCUGAUGACCUCCCACCAUCGAAAACCCAACCCACAACAAUUGAUCCUGAAGACAAAAGUGAUUUUGAUAUUAUACCAGUAAUCCCUAGCACAACACUGGAACUCUCCUCGGAAGCAACAGUCGAUGAAGCAGCAACAAGUCUGACUAAUUCUGCUGCAGGGUUGGACUCAGAAUCUACACAAGCCUUCAAUCAUUUUCCUGAAACCACCACAACAAAGGCUUCUCCUCCAACCACUACUGGUUACCAGACGGACGACUUUAACACGGGUGUGGCUGACAGUUUGGUGGCAACAACGCAGGCGUCAAAAGAAACGAAACCUGAGGAGCCACGCAUUCAAGACCUGAUUACAAAGCUAAUCUCACAAGGAGUCAUCACAAAAACCGAAUCGGGCGAUACACUGACAAAGCCUAAUGUAGUAGAGGAAGAAGCAACAAUAAGUACAAAUGAAGGGCAGACAGAGGCAACAACAGCUGAAGAGCAAGAGGCAACGACUUUAAGAACGACAACUCUCGGGUUACAAGCAGCGACCGAGACGCCAAUAUCCUCCACCACCACAAAAGAGACAACGAUGUCAUUCAAAGACUUUGAUACUCCAACAUCUGUAACUGGCCCAACCACUGACUUUGUUGUGGGUGAUCACACUACAACAGAAGCCGAAAACCAGGAAUUGACGACAACCUUUGGAGUUCUAACCACACAGAGAACUCCAAUGACUUCCAUCUCAUCAACACAUUCAAGGAUCCCUUUACUGUCCAGUAGAUCCACAACGUCCAGACCAACAACUACACCACCACCAAGUACAACAAAAUUUCCCUUCUCUAACAAUCCUCUGAUAUCGUCAGUGAAGAUGAUGGACACUACGACCAGGUUUAGCCAGGGAGUCACAGAGCCAGUGACUGACGCCCCAACAACAACGGCCCCCCAACACCAAGACUUUAUCUCGCUCGACUAUGAUAACUUUGAAACUACGUCCUCAGGUCCUACCACAGAGUUUUCUACGCUACCAGAAUUUGGAGCAGUUGGUGAGAAUGAAGUUGACGUUCUUGAUUCCAUGGAUAAUUUCCAAAUGUUGUUGCGUAGUUUCGACAGAACGUCUGUUCGUCCUGAAUUUGCGGCGUUGAACCAUGUUCUUGGCUUCACUCUGACACCCACAACAGAGGAAGUUGAUCCUUUAGAAAUAAACUUGGAGAAACCUGAUACACCGCAGGAUUACUUCUAUGAUGACCUGGAGCCUGCACCAACCGAGCUGGUGUUCUUUUCCACCAGCCUACAGACGCCCACUGACGUGGAGGGACAGGGAAUGUCAGAUGCCGAGAGUACCACAAGCUUCGAGGGCUUCAUCACAGCUGAGGAAGAUUUGGUGCCAACAAUACUUAACAUGGAUGUGACGUCACUUACCGUCUCCGAGCCCUCUGCGAAAGUGAAAAAUCUUUCUGAGGUUUCAGAAUCCCCUAAGACAGGCGAAGAUUCUAAUCUCACGAAAGAAGAAAAAGAAGAAAAUACAAAGAAUAUGUCAAAAACAACAACAAACGCUGACAAUAACUCAAGCACGAUUAAUACAGGAAUCCUGUCAGAAGAUACAAACUCAAGUUCGUCAGACACUAAUGAAGCAGAGAUAAAGUCGUCGAUGAUUAAUCUCUCAACGGAAAUCACCACCAUUGCCCCUCCAGCAGGUAAGGUUCUCCAAGGAGUUGCUGCAACAGAAGCAUCAAUCUUACCUUUUGAUGAGGAAGUGCCCACGUCUCUGCAGAAUCGUCCCAGUCGUUUCUCUGCUGCGAGGAGUAUGGCCACCCUUCAGAACUCACCUCGAGAAGGAAGGAAUAGCGACACCAAAAGUUCUUCUGACGGGUCCUCAGAACCUACAACACUGCGGGAGAAACUGCGUUUGCUACAACUUACGAGCGAUCGAGAUAGAGAUACAGAGACGCCGGACAUACCUCACCAAACAUCCAGACCGCAUCUUCUUCAACUUGCACCACGACCGGAUCUGCCUCAACAGACAUCCAGACCAGACAGGCCUCUCCGGUCAUCUAGACCCGACUUGCCUCAAAGGUCAUCCAGACCAGAUCUGCCUCAACGGGUAUCUAGACCGGAUCUGCCUCAAAGGGCAUCCAGAACAGACUUGCCUCAAAGGGCAUCCAGACCUGAUUUGCUUCAACGAAGAAAUAAUAACCUUUCUUCUCCUCGGUUAAGGACCACGUCUGAAAGACCAGAAUCUGUCACUUCCAGUGGAAGAUUGAGCCUCAGUGAACUCCUCAGUCAGAGAAAUUCACAAGGGGAGACCACUAAGGCGCCCACACCCAAGUCCAAUGAAGUGAGACCUUCGGGUGGUGCUUUUACCCAGCCUCCACCCAGGCGAGACAGUACCAAGCAGUCAUCUUUUCAAGGUACGACUCGGCCAAGGCCCACGACCACAACACAGGCUACGACGACGGAGGCUGAAGAGUUGUCUACUAUUUCAAGUAACACCGAUAACCCGAGCUCUGAAAACAAAGACUCCAAGAAUGCCGCGUUUCUAAGGUUCUUGGAACUAAAUAGCCAAAGAUUAAAAUCUUUAGCUGCCAAGAAAACCGAUGAGACAGCAGACACCGAGGCUGUCACUGUAACAACACCAGCAGAUAGCUUCACCACCGACAUGCCAGAGGACACUACUGAAGAGAUCCCGGCGUCUACCAGAAGACCUCAAGAUUUCUGGCUUCGAGGACAGCUUCACCGGAGACGUCCAGCUGGAAUUAAAAAUGCCCCCAAAAUAUCUGAAGUAAUUCCACAAGGUCGAGCAACAAAUCCAAUUCUACCAGACGGGCUAAGAUCUUCACUGGUAAUUGAGGGAGAGAGGAAGUCAUCUUUCUUAAGGCCUGUGCCCUCACCCAGGCCUUUCAGCGUAAAUUCAGAAGGUCCUGCCAUACACAGAGUUAGUCCAUCGUUCUCCCCUGAGAGUGAUGAUCCUCAGCCAGCCAGAAGGUUCCCAAAUCUUCCCCCAAGGUUCCGUGUCAAUGCAGGUAACCGUUCACGAACCUUCCGCGUACGACGUCCUCGACCUACCUCGAAAUUCUCCAGCUCUCAGCCACAACAGGAGACACGUCCUAGGACUCAUUUCUCUCCGUCUCCUACACCCCGCCCGACCUUAAUGGAGGACAGAACAGUGAGGCCGCAAAUUGAUCAGGUAACAAGACACCCAUCACUGUUGAUUCCUCGAACCACCAUAAAACCACGCACGAAAGCCACCGCAGUACCCACAACGCCACGAAAUAGCGUGGAGACCGAUACUAGAAGAACUACACAAUUCUUUAAAUCGAAGCCAAAACCUGAAACACUGGAGCUUCCAACGACAGAGCCGGAUGGAGAUGAAAUAACUACUUUGGCGACGCUCAUAAAUAGACAGAAGGUUGAAGGAAAUAGGUUCGGCACUCAGAGAAGACUAACGACAUCUAGGCCCUCGGAGGUGCCAGACAUAACGACACAACUUGAUGAUGUUCUUUUUGGUCCUUCUACUACUUCAGGUGAAGUAGAGAGUACGUCUUUCCCACAAUUCUUUGAUGAUGAAACAUCAACUCCCACAGUUUUUGAUGAAACCACAAAAAGUUUGAUUGAUAGUACUUUAACUUUCCAGUCAGACAGGACAAUUAUCUCGUCAACAGAAGGCAUGACUUCGUCUCAUGUUCCCCCUCCAUUUAACUUCUUCAACAAUCAGGAAGCUAAAAUUACUUCACCUACAAAGGUAAGACUUUCCCCAAUUUCUGGACCACAAGAAAUAACCCGCACUCUACCACAAAAGGGAUUCACACCUUUCCACCACUCCACCACACCGGCGCCGAGACCUCGGCCCACCACCGCCAUCGAUUUCGAAACAAUAAUCCCUCCAGUCACUCCUCUGUUGGAACGUGAGUCUCCAGAACCACCAAGAACAUCCCCAACUGUUGAGGUUGUAGGCUUCGAGACGUCGGCCACAACAGUCUCUCCUAUUUCUUUUUCUACGACCACUUUAGAUAUUGAAUCAAAAACUGAAGCGCCUCAUCCUCCGAGGUUUUCUCUUGAUUUUGGUUCACCAUCGCCUGCAACAUUCGUCAUCCUGCCUCAGAGAAGUUCCUCAAAGUCUACUACAACUCCACGAUCAUCACCGCGACCAUCCUCUACCACUAGGUCUCCGAACGAGUUUUUCACGACUCGAGCAAAUUUCCCUUCUAGGCGUCCACCCGUGAAUGACAGGAAGCCAUUGGUAACUACCACUCCCAGACCUCAGGGCCAACCUGUGGCAAUUGAUCCUAACGAAGCCUUUUUUGCUGAGGAAGACCCUCCUUGUCAUUUAUGCCAAGACAACCGGCCGGAAGAGACGACUCAAGCGUUACCAGUUUCGGAACAACCGAUCAUCACAACACCCCUCAAUACAGUGACGCCCAAAGUUGUGCUGGUGGCUGUACCAAUUGCAAACGGAUCGCUGUUUCCAGGAAGUUCUUUUAUUAUCCCAAAUAGCAUAAGCGAUUUCAUAACAGCAACUAGUUCAGGGGAGAGCACAACCUUGCAGCAGGAGGAAGCGACGACAUUCCUUCCAAAUGUGGAUACAAAUCCUCCAGACAUCAUUUCGCCUAACCUCCCCACUACUACCGCUGUCCCAAAGAGACUUAUACAGAACAAUUCAAAAGAGAAAUUCCUCAACGUAGAUUCUCUCGCUCCACCACCUCUGCUCCAUCACAUGAUAACGAAGGGUGUGACGAUUACCUCAGAGGAAGGCAUUAUAUCUCGGGGAGUGUUUGCAUCUCAGACUCCACCGCAGGCGGAGCAACAAAAGUUGCUACAGCAACAGAAACCGGAAGGACCUCAACAAACCAUUCAAGGAACACAGCAGAACCAAGGGCACCAGAUCUUUCCAGGGCAACAGAACUUACAAUUACAGCAAGACCUUCAAGGAAAACAACAAAGUUUACAGGGUGAACAGCAGAGGUUCCAAACAGGACAAGUGAGGCCACAAGGUGAACAACACAGGUUCCAAACAGGACAACAGAAGCUACAAGGUGAACAACAGAGGUCCCAAACAGGACAAGUGAGGCCACAAGGUGAACAACACAGGUUCCAAACAGGACAACAGAAGCUACAAGGUGAACAACAGAGGUCCCAAACAGGACAAGUAAGGACACAAGGUGAACAGCAGAACCUGAACAGGGGACAAAAAGAGACCCAAGAAGGACAUCAGAGCCUACAAGGUGGACAUCUAAACCUCAAAGAAGGGCAACGGACACCUCCUGGAACACAAAAGAACCUUCAAACAGAACACCAAAGCCUACAGGGAGGGCAUCAAAACAUCCAGGGAGGACUACAGACUUCACAACACAAGCAAGAGAACUCACGAGGAAGUCAGUCAAACAUCCCAGGCCACCAGAUCCCUUCCGUGGGACAGCAGAGACCUCCAGGAGCUAAGCAGAACACCAGACCUCUGCAUCAGAAUAUUAACAUAGGAUUACAUAAUGUUCAAGCUGAAGGUCAGACGCACCAGGAGCAACAAGGGACGCUCAACCGCAGGCACCAGAACAUUCAAGACGCCCAACAUGUGAAUCUAAGGCCUCCUAAUUUCCAACAGAAUCCUCAAGGCGGAAAUCAAAUUUUCCAAGAUGGUAAAACGAGCUUCCAAAAUGGUCAGCAGAUUCUCCACAUUGGUCAACAGAUUUCACAGAAUGGCCAACGGAUUUUCCAGGAUGGUUCACCGAUUUUCCAAGAUAACCAACACAGCACACAAAGAAAUGGACAGAAUAUAAAAGUCGGUCAGCACAGCAACCAAGAUGGACAACAGAUUUUCCAGAACGGUCAACAGAUUUUCCAGGACGGUCAACAGAUUUUCCAGGACGGUCAGCAGAUUUUUCAUGAGGGUCAACACAUAAUACAAAGUAGCGAAAAGAACAUUAAAGAAAGUCAACACAGCAUCCCAGGUAGUCAAGAUGGACACCACUUUACCCAAGAAGGUCAACACAUUAUCGUAGGCAAUCAAAAAAACGCCCAAAGUGGUCAUCAAAUCAUUCUAGAUGGUAAACCAGUUACCCAAAGUGGUUCACCUAACAACCAAGGUGGCCAUCAUAUAAUUCAAGAUGGUAAAGCAAUUAGCCAAAGUAGUUUACCUAACAACCAAGGUGGCCAUCAUAUAAUUCAAGAUGGGAAAGUUAUCACCCAAAGUGGUUUACCUAACAACCAAGGUGGCCAUCAUAUAAUUCAAGAUGGGAAAGUUAUCACCCAAAGUGGUUCACCUAACAACCAAGGUGGCCAUCAAAUAAUUCAAGAUGGGAAAGUUAUUAGCCAAAGUAGUUUACCUAACAACCAAGGUGGCCAUCAUAUAAUUCAAGAUGGGAAAGUUAUUAGCCAAAGUAGUUUACCUAACAACCAAGGUGGCCAUCAUAUAAUUCAAGAUGGGAAAGUUAUCACCCAAAGUGGUUCACCUAACAACCAAGGUGGCCAUCAUAUAAUUCAAAAUGGGAAAGUUAUCACCCAAAGUGGUUCACCUAACAACCAAGAUGGCCAUCAAAUAAUUCAAGAUGGGAAAGUUAUCACCCAAAGUGGUUUACCUAACAACCAAGGUGGCCAUCAUAUAAUUCAAGAUGGGAAAGUUAUCACCCAAAGUGGUUCACCUAACAACCAAGGUGGCCAUCAAAUAAUUCAAGAUGGGAAAGUUAUUAGCCAAAGUAGUUUACCUAACAACCAAGGUGUCCAUCAAAUAAUUCAAGAUGGGAAAGUUAUUAGCCAAAGUAGUUUACCUAACAACCAGGGUGGCCAUCAAAUAAUUCAAGAUGGGAAAGUUAUUAGCCAAAGUAGUUUACAGAAUACCCAAGGCGAUCAGCACAGGAGACCAGGUGAUCAACAUACCUUCAAAGACGAAAAACAAAGCCUGGGCGGUGUACGACAGAACCCCCCAUCGGCACACCAACACUUCGUCCUCGGACAACAAACACUCCAGGACGGAAAACAUAAUUUACUCUCUGGAAAUAAAAACGUCCAAAGGGAACAACAGGACUCCCAGAGAGGACAACAGAACAACCAAAGAGAACAACAGAACAAUCAUAGGGAACGAGAAAACAACCAUAGGGAACAACAGGACUCCCAGAGAGGACAACAGAACAACCAAAGAGAACAACAGAACAAUCAUAGGGAACGAGAGAACAACCAUAGGGAACAACAGGACUCCCAGAGAGGACAACAGAACAACCAAAGAGGACAGCAGAACAACCAUAGGGAACGAGAGAACAACCAUAGGGAACAACAGGACUCCCAGAGAGGACAACAGAACAACCAAAGAGGACAACAGAACAACCAAAGAGGACAGCAGAACAACCAUAGGGAACAACAGAACCCCCAAAGAGGGCAACAGAAUAACCAAAGUGGACAACAGAACCAAAGUGGACAACAAAACCCCCAGAGAGGACAACAGAACCCACGAACAAGACAACAGAACCACCAGAGAGGACAGCAGAACCCCCUAAACAAGCAUGAGAAUCUUUCAGGGAGCCAACAAAACCUACCUGGCAGACGACCGACCUCAACUCCACAUCGCUCGGGUUCAGGGAGCAACGUUGGCGUCUUCGUCAAUCAGGCUGCCGGCUUCUUGAUUGGACCGGCCGACGCUGCAAUUCCGGCCGACGCUGCAAUCCCCAGCUUUUCCAGCAACGACGGCGGCGUCGAUGACAUUUUCGCCGGCGUUACUGACCGAGAUCCUUCUUCUCCCUCACUCCUGACGACAUCUCAGGGCCGUGGUGGAGUUUCCUUGGAUGACGACCCUGACGGUGAUAAGAUCCCUGGGACAGCAGGAGUGGACUACCCAGUGCUAGAGAACAUCCCAGAAACAUCCUUCGAGUGCACCAAAAGCUUAAUCAGACACGGCAAGAUGUACGCAGACCCGGAUACCUCCUGUCAGGUGUACCACGUGUGUAACGGCCUCCAGAAGUUCUCCUUCCUGUGUCCGAAAGGAACAAUCUUCCAUCAGGACACCUUCGUUUGCCAGUGGUGGUUUACCGUCGACUGUCAGCGGCAGGCACAGAAGCUGGCAGAUAUCCGGGCUCUUGGUGACAGCUGAAGGAGUUAAAUGACGGAAUUGCGAACUAUAAAAGACUCCUAGGAAGGGGACAUUCGCCAGUGUAGAUAAGACGACCCCAAGUCCUCCUGGCUGGCGAUGCUGGGAAAACAGACACUGGUAAACAUUUUCGUACAGAGAAGAGGGGAAGUGUGAGUGUGUGUGUGUGCGUGUGUUAUGUGUGUGUGUGUGUCCUUUGGCGAUAGUUCAAGGAGUGGAACGACAGAUGGAAAGCCAAAUACGGUGAAAACAAACACACACUCAGGCGGAGCCACACUCUACUCUGUGUUGGUCAGGAAGUGACCUAAUUCCACGAGCUUGGAAUGGGCGAGACUAGUUAGGUUUUGGGCGCGUUCUUCCGUGAUCUUUUUCAAGAGAUCAACAGGAUGACGUAAAGACAAGGUUGUACAUAUCUUUAGUGUUACGACAGUGAUGUCUGCGGCCCACAAUUGUAAAACUCUGAAAAGGGACGGAAAUAAAAGAUAAAUGACUUUAUCAAUCAAUUAAUAAUUUUACGAUCCCUCUCCAAUGUGUUUGUGAACUAUAAUAAAGGUCAAACCCAAGUCUAGAAACUGACUUGUGCAGAAGAGGCGCUUACAUACGAUCUUCCGCAAUAUGGUAACGCUUCCUACAGUGAGAAAACAACAGCGCUAUGCAAUCCCAUUGUCGAACCUGGAACUAGGAUGUAGCGGGAUUAUUCUCCUGUUGAUACCAGCGGGUUGCAGCUCACGACCAUGACAACAAGUGCCUUAAAUAUUACUAGCUGUAACCUUUGUGAUAGUUUAUACCUUCCAUUGGUGGUCAGGUGUCCCUCACCAACCUGAAGGAGACCCAUACCUGAAGGAUGAGUGUGUCUUGGGCAAUGUGUACCUCGGGGUAUGUGUACCUCAGGGUAUGUGUACCUCAGGGUAUGUACACCUUGGGGUGUGCGUACCUCAGGGAAUGUAUACCUCAGGUUGUGUAUACCUUAAGGGAACACCUAUUUCAGAAGAACAAAUUAAUAAGCUGAGAGAAGCAUUUACACAGUACCAUUCUUAUCGACAGUCCUGGUGCAAGGCCUCCUUAUUAUGUCAACAGAUAAAAGUGAGGUAACACCACAGGAAUAUACUUAGGAACACCACCACCUGAUGAGACCAACGCACAUAAACACACAGACAUAUGUACACUUACAAAUACACAAAGACACACACACACACACGCACACACACAUGCACUUUCUCUAGCUAAUAUUAAUUUUAUCCGAGGCGGCCAAUGGUUAAGUUGUUAUAAAAUUGUGUGAUCUGAUAAAAGGUAUUUGUAGUUAUAAAAUUUAGAUUUUUGUUUUAGAAUAUAAUAAUAAUCAGAAAAUUUGAUAUAUAUGUUUUAAUUAUAUUAUAAUGAAUCUGUAUCACAUUGUUAUUGGCUACAUUUAUAUUAGAAAAAAAUAAUAAUGUUUCAGUACACUGUAGUUAGGAGUUUUCUUGAGGUAUUAAUAAGUCCCAAGUGAAUUAUGGUUUCUGUAUUAUUCCACACACUAUUAUUUGACUUCGAUUCAUUGAAAUUUAGAACACUAAUGGAAAUCUCGGUAAUAAUUUCACGCAUAGUGAAAAUAAUCCUCGGGAAGAUUCACAGUAACGUGAAUGGUAUCAUCUGAUAUCAAGUCUACUUUAAAAACAGAAGCUUAUAAUAAGUUCCUGGAUUUUACAAGUAAUGUGGACUCGAUGUCUGAAAAUUACAAUAAUCAGAAUACUAUCAAUAAAAUGUUGACGAUUAAUAAGGGAUAUUCUUAGAGGUCAUAUCAGGGGUAUAUAGUUGGUACGAGGCUGUUUAUGGAGUGUGUGUGUGUGUGUGUGUGUGUGUGUGUGUGUGUGUGUGUGUGUGUGUGUGUGUGUGUGUGUGUGUGUG